AGCAAGCUGCCCAACAUUUCCUGAUUAGUUCAGAGACUGUGCCCAUUCUUGAUCUUUUACAGCCAGAAGGCAGAGAACAACCGCAACUACAAAACAGAGAAAACAACAUGAGUACUGCAGGCAAAGUAAUAAAGUGCAAAGCAGCUAUUGCUUGGGAGCUGAAUAAACCCCUGAGCAUUGAGGAGAUUGAAGUAGCACCUCCAAAAGCACAUGAAGUCCGCAUUAAGAUUUUGGCCACUGGUGUCUGCCGCUCAGAUGAACAUGUGAUCAGUGGCGCUUUUGCGGUGCCUUUGCCAAUGGUGCUGGGCCACGAAGCCGCUGGGGUUGUGGAGAGUGUUGGUGAAGGAGUGACUUGUGUGAAACCGGGAGACAAAGUAAUUCCACUUUUUGCUCCACAAUGUGGAAAAUGCAGAGCUUGUCAGAGUCCCAAAGGCAACUUGUGUACUUCAAAUGACCUUAAUUCAGGCAGUGGCUUAAUGCCUGAUGGCACCAGCCGAUUCACAUGCAAAGGAAAGAGCAUCCACCAUUUCAUUAGCACCAGCACCUUCACUGAGUACACUGUGGUGCAUGAGAACUCAGUGGUCAAAAUCGAUCCUUCAGCCCCUCUGGAAAAAGUGUGUCUGAUUGGCUGUGGGUUUUCAACCGGUUAUGGGGCAGCCAUACAGACAGCUAAGGUAGAGCCUGGUUCUAUCUGUGCUGUCUUUGGCUUGGGUGGAGUUGGACUCUCAGUGAUCAUGGGCUGUAAAGCAGCGGGAGCUUCCCGAAUCAUUGGAGUUGACAUCAACAAGGAUAAAUUUGCUAAGGCUAAAGAAAUGGGAGCCACAGAAUGUAUCAACCCCUUGGAUUUCAAGAAGCCCAUCAAUGAAGUGCUCUUUGACUUGACUGGAGGUGAAGGAGUAGACUAUUCUUUUGAAGUGAUUGGACGUACUGAAACCAUGAUAUCUGCCUUCGCUUCCUGCCAUCAGAAUUUGGGGACCAGCGUUGUUGUGGGGGUGCCCCCAAGUGCAUCUAUGAUCACUUAUAAUCCACUGAUGCUUUUCACUGGCCGCACCUGGAAAGGAUGUGUCUUUGGAGGGUGGAAGAGCAAAGAUUCUGUCCCCAAGUUGGUUUCAGAUUUCAUGAAAAAGAAAUUCGUUUUGGAUCCAUUGAUCACUCAUACAUUACCUUUUGAGAAAAUCAAUGAAGGGUUUGAUCUGCUUCGGUCAGGAAAAAGCAUCCGGUCUGUCUUAAUAUUUUAAGUCGCUGAGGUGAAGAAAACCAAUUACAGAAUAUUUUCUGAAAUUGCUGAUGUACCCUGUCUGCAGAUUGUAUAAUAACAACAACAUGUGAUAGUAUUUUGUCCUUCUGCUUUAUCUUCAUGGCCCAAAUGGAUGUGGAAGGAUCUCAUUUUAGGGUGGGGGGAAGUGUUAUAAGCACAAAGUUUUAAACAUAUAUUCAUGUUUGGCUAACUAGGUUACUGUCUCCCGGUGUAGGAAUACUGCCUUCUUAUUUUCUAAUCAUGGAUUUCUCUGUCCUCUAAAUAAAUAAAUGCUACAAACAUGGUUUGAGAUCUUUAACAUUUUCUUGUUAAGUAGAUGCUUUUUUCAAAUAAAGAAAUUUUGAAU